GAGCAACAUUUAGCCUCAUUACUCCCCAACUCCCCUGAACCACCCUGGAUUUCUCUUAUACACUGUUCGAAAUGAUUCUUGGGGCUCUCUUUUUGCUACUUCUUUAUGGCCUCUGGAAAACUUUGGCCAGAGAGAGAGAGAGCAAGAAACUAGCCAGAGUCCCUGAACCAUCAGGGGCAUGGCCCGUGAUUGGCCACCUGCCUUGUCUAAGAGGCCAGGACCCAGCAUGUAAAACCCUUGCAGCCAUUGACGAUAAAUAUGGCCCUAUUUACUCACUCAGGCUCGGUUCUCAUCGGAUAGUGGUGGUGAGCAGUCGGGAAACAGUAAAGGAUUGCUUGACUACCAAUGACAGAAUUUUGGCUACCAGAGCAAACAUAGCUGCAGGAAAACAUAUGGGAUACAACAACGCAGCUUUUGCGUUGUCCCCAUAUGGAAAGUACUGGCGUGAUGUUAGAAAGCUGGUCACUCUUCAGCUUCUAUCAAACCACCGGCUUGAAAUGCUUAAGCAUGUCCGAAAGUUAGAAGUAGACGCAUUCAUCAAAGGUUUGCACAAUUCUUAUGCGGAAACAGCGGAGUACCCUGCGAAGGUGACUAUGAGCAAAUUGUUUGAGAGCUUGACGUUCAACAUAAGCCUUAGAACGAUAGUUGGAAAACGAUAUUGCAGCACCAUAUACGACAAAGAAAACAGCGAGCCAUGGCGUUACAAAAAAGCCAUAGAAAAAGCCUUGUAUCUGAGUGGGAUUUUUGUAAUGUCUGAUGCAAUUCCAUGGCUCGAAUGGAUUGAUUUUCAGGGACAUGUAAGUGCUAUGAAGAGGACUGCCAAGGAACUUGAUGCCGUGAUAGGAAGCUGGCUGGAGGAACAUCUUAAGAAAGAAAUACAAGGGGAAAGCGACUUCAUGGACGUGAUGAUAUCUAACCUUGCUGACGGUGCUGCUGAGAUGUCUGGCUACUCUCGUGAUGUUGUCAUCAAGGCAACAACUUUGAUUCUGACCCUCACAGGAGCAGGAAGCACAGCGGUUACAUUAACUUGGGCACUGUCCCUGUUGCUAAACCAUCCAAGUGUGCUGAAGGCUGCUCAAGAAGAGCUGGACAAGCAGGUGGGAAGAGAGAAAUGGGUGGAGGAAUCAGAUAUUCAGAACCUCGUGUACCUCCAAGCAAUAGUGAAAGAAACUCUGCGAUUAUACCCUCCAGGUCCCUUAACAGGAAUACGUGAGGCCAUGGAAGACUGUCAUAUUUGUGGCUAUUAUGUUCCUAAGGGCACUCGAUUAGUAGUGAACAUAUGGAAGUUGCAUCGAGACCCCCGUGUGUGGAAAAACCCAAAUGACUUUCAACCUGAAAGAUUCUUGACUACUCAUGCUGAUCUUGAUUUUAGGGGUCAAGAUUUCGAGUUCAUUCCUUUUAGCUCGGGGAGAAGAUCUUGCCCUGCUAUUAAUCUUGGCAUGGCGGUUGUUCAUCUGACCCUUGCUAGGCUUCUUCAAGGGUUUGAUUUAACAACUGUUGCAGGGUUGCCCGUGGACAUGAACGAAGGCCCUGGCAUUGCCCUACCUAAGCUGAUACCACUUGAAGCUGUCGUCAAACCACGUCUUGGAUUACGCCUGUAUGAUUAAGCACCCGUUCAUUUCCACGGCAUGCCGCCAAAAACAGUUAAAAUAAUAUUUUUAUUAAUAUUUUAAGCUGGUCUUUUGACACGUAGACAAACAGGAACGUAAUAUUAAUGACUUCACCACUAUGAAUAUUUAGUAAUUUAGACAUCUUAAUUAGUCAAGAACUGUAUGGGCUUUUGUAUCAGAUUAAGCUUCAAUGUUAUGUAAUGAAGUAAAAUAAUAAGAGAUGUGUGAUUUGUAGUGUUU